AACCUCUAGACUAUCACAAGGAGCAUGAGUACAUUCAAUGGAUUGGCGAGUUCAACAAGUACCUCCAGACAUAUCAUUUAUAUGGACUCUCCAAGGUAUGUUCUACAAAUGAAGUCUUUGGGACAUGAUGGCAUGAUGGCCACCGACUCACAGGACUUUCUUCUUGCAAUUUACAGGAACAACUACACGCGAUAGCACUGCGUAGAGUCUUGGUCGUGAAUGUUAAGGUCAUGGCACAAAUAUGCAAUGUGCCGGACUUGGUAGAGUUGGUAGUUCAUCGACCGACAAGUGUCAUUGGCUGCAUUACUCUAGCUGCAAUUCAGGUCAUCUUUGGUGAUGAGGCAGCAAAGACACAGCAGCAGAAAAAGUUCACAGUGCGACUGGCGUGUUUCGACAAAAUCACUCAUGGCAAGGACUUGAAGGCGAACCUCAUCGGAAAACUCGUUUGCGUUGGAGGGACCGUUGUACGAACAUCAGGUGUCAAACCCCUUGCCACCAAAAUGGCGUUCACCUGCAAUACUUGCCAAACCCUUCAGACUCUGAAUCUUCCGGAUGGACGAUUUAUUCAACCAACAAAAUGCAUAGCGAUCGGCUGUAGGAGUAGACAUUUUACUCCGCAGCGUGGAGUCGACUAUGAAACAGAGACUGUUGACUGGCAGACCAUUCGUCUACAGGAGAAACUACCAGAUGACAGGCUAGAUUCGGGAAGGGUUCCGAGGACAAUUGAGUGCGAAGUCACUAACGACCUUGUCGAUCGGGUCAUUCCUGGAGACGUUGUCGAAAUUACAGGAAUCGUGAAGGUUUCCCAGUCUGAGAAAUCAUACUCGCGCAUGAAGACAGGGAACACAAUGUAUAUUCUGUACUUGGACGUCAAUUAUCUUCAAAAAUCAACCAUGACCUUGGAGGAGGAUGAUAUUUAUCAGGACUUCAACUCAAAGGACAAUUUCAAAGAUAGUAAAGACAGCAUCCAAAUCACCACCAAAGACCUGUAUGCCAUCGAGGACGUCCACCUGCAACCACAGCUGUUCAAGCUGAUCGUGAAUUCGUUCAGUCCAGCCAUAUAUGGUCAUGAGAUGGUCAAGGCUGGGAUCUUGUUUGCCCUGUUUGGUGGACGGAGGCGCGGCAAUGGAGUGAUUGACAGGACAGCCAUUCGAGGUGAUCCUCACGUCCUGGUGGUUGGAGACCCUGGACUGGGAAAGUCCCAAAUGCUUUCCGCGGCUGUGAAGGUGGCUCCUCGUGGCGUAUAUGUAUGCGGAAGCAGUGGAAUAUCAACUAGUGGCCUGACUGUCACUCUUGUCAGAGGAUCGGGAUCAGACUUCGCACUGGAGGCCGGAGCUCUAGUUCUCGGGGACCAAGGGUGCUGCUGUAUCGAUGAGUUUGAUAAAAUGACGACGGACCAUAAUGCGUUGUUGGAGGCCAUGGAACAGCAGUCGAUCAGUAUCGCCAAGGCAGGAAUCAUUUGCACGUUACCAGCCAGGACUAGUGUAAUUGCCGCUGCAAACCCUGCCGGUGGGCAUUACAACAUGUCCAAAACGGUGGCCGAGAACCUGAAGAUGAACAGUGCUCUCCUGUCGCGCUUUGACCUGAUUUUCAUUCUGAUGGACAAGCCCGACGGCGAAAUGGAUCAGUAUCUCUCUAGGCAUGUUAUGGGGCUUCACUCCGGGAACAAGAACCUUGGCCAGGCAUACAGGGCAGCCUCUUCUCAGGACACCAACAACCAGUCAUCGCAAGGCAUCGACAGCAAGCCUAGGAUGGAUCAUCCCUUAUCAGAACGGCUGCGGAUAACAGAUGAAGAUGGAGAUGACUUCAAACUUAUUCCCCAGCCACUCUUGCGGAAGUACAUCGCCUACGCUAGACAAUACGUCCAUCCAAGACUCUCUCCAGAAGCCGCGGCCACGCUGCAGGACUUCUAUUUGAUGCUCAGGGCCAAGCAUCGUUCUCCAGACGGGACGCCAGUUACGACACGCCAGCUGGAAUCUCUCAUCAGAAUGGCUGAGGCCAAGGCGCGCAUGGAACUUCGUGAAGUUGUCACUCGACGGGAUGCCAUGGAUGUCAUCGAAAUCAUGACGUUCAGUCUACAAGAUACAUUCAUGUCUGUAAAGUCCCAGGACCUGAAUCAAGGUCAAGGCCAGUCUGGUCGCGGCAAAGGUGCUAGCGUUAAAAGAUACGUCGCAGAGCUGCAGAGGAUUGCGUUGGCGACCUCGAACAACAUGUUCUCUUACGAUCAAUUGUAUCGCACUUUUCAAGAGAUGCAACUAUCUGGCAUCACCGGAGGCUUCCAGGAUUUCAUCGACACCCUGAACCACCAAAGCUUUCUCCUGAAGAAGGGACCUCGAACGUAUCAAUUCACUAUGGCCGUGUAAAAUAUCCUAUGUAUCCUCACUCUCAUUCCGCGCCUCUUUAAUUGUAGUAUUUCAUAUCCAAUACACAUUUUUCGAUGGCGCAUUAGUCCAUUGU